AUGGCCAUAUGCCGCAGAGGGUUUGGUAAUGAGUCGGUGGCGUUCGGCGUUGCCGUUCGGAGCGUUUUUCAAAGAAGACUAAGGUCUCAGUACAAAAGGGAGCUUAAUUCGAUGCAAAUUCGAGGUCUUUCCACAAGGGUGAAUGUCUGUAGAGUUCAAAUGAAGGGGUAUUCUGUUCGCUCUUCCUGUGUUCGUCUAGUGCAACAAAGAAGACUUAACUCAACGGAGCCUCCUCCAAAAAGAACUCCUGGAUACAACAGUCACGGAGAAAGAGAACUUAGUGAUGAGGAAGCUAAGGAACUGUUGAAGGAAUUGAAGAGUCUCUGGCAUGAUAGUUCCAUUAAGGAGAAUGAGUUACGUUCAAAAGUCAAGGCAUUGUUUGAAAAGUACGAAAUUGGAGGUCUGAUUUCUCCUUCGGCGUCUAAAAUAGUGAGCACCAUUUUAAUGGAUACUGAGGCGACAAAACCAGGUGAAAAAGUUGAUAAUGUCCAGAAAUUCCAUAAAUGUUUGAUGGAUUACCAUCUGGGAAAGCAGUUGGAAUUCAAUGGUCAAUAUGACAACAAGUUUAAUCCACCUCCAAAGGACGGUAAGUCCAAUGAGAACAAAGAAAAGAAUAAGAAACAAGCCGAAACGAAAAUUCUUACAGCGGAGAUUAAGUUGGAAUGGGUACUAUUCUGGCUUGGUAUGUCAGCCUUCAUACUAUACUUGGCAAGUGUCGAUUCCAAUGAGAAGGAGAUCACCUGGCAAGAUUUUAUAACCUCAUUAUUGGAUAAGGGUUACGUUGCAAAGUUGGUUGUGGUCAACAGUGAUAAAGUGCGUGUGGUUUUGAAUGAACGUGGUCGUAAUCAACCAAUGAGAGACAGUGACUUAGAUUACUAUUUCACGGUGAGCUCUGUCAAGAACUUCGAGGAACGCUUAAAGAAAGCCCAAGAUGAGAACGGUGUUGCUGAAGAUUCUAGGAUUCCAGUUACCUAUGUUCAUACCACUCCUAUUGCCAAGACUCUUUGGAGCAUAUUGCCUACGAUUCUAUUGUUUGCCUUUAUAUUCUGGUCUACUUCGAAGCUUAUGAAGAGUGGAGGUGGACUUUCAGGAGGCAUGUUUGGUAACAAGAAGCAGUUCAAGAAGUUCAAUGCCGAGAAUGAGGUCAAGAUUAAGUUUGAUGACGUUGCUGGCUGUGAUGAGGCUAAGGAGGAGAUUAUGGAGUUUGUCAACUUCUUAAAGCAUCCAGAAAGAUACGAGAGAUUGGGUGCUAAGAUUCCUCGUGGUGCCAUUUUAUGUGGUCCUCCAGGUACUGGUAAAACUCUUUUAGCCAAGGCAACGGCCGGAGAGGCAAGUGUUCCAUUCUAUUCAGUUUCAGGUUCUGAAUUUGUGGAAAUGUUUGUCGGUGUUGGUGCCUCAAGAGUUCGGGAUUUGUUCAAGACUGCCCGUGAAAAUGCUCCUUCUAUUGUGUUUGUUGACGAAAUCGAUGCCAUUGGUAAGUCCAGAUCUAAAGGUAAGGCUUCUGGAGGUAACGAUGAAAGAGAGAAUACUUUGAAUCAAUUACUUGUUGAAUUGGACGGUUUCUCCUCUAGUGAUUACGUAGUUGUUCUUGCGGGUACCAACAGAUCCGAUGUGUUAGAUCCGGCAUUACUUAGACCCGGACGUUUUGACCGAAAGAUUUAUUUGAGCAACCCAGAAUUGGAAGGCAGAAAGGCUAUCUUUGCUGUCCAUCUUCGACAAAUUAAAUUAUCGCCGGACUGUGAUCUCGAAGAUUUGAAAGGCAGGUUGGCUACGUUGACACCUGGUUUCUCGGGUGCAGAUAUUGCCAACGUCUGCAAUGAGGCCGCUUUAAUUGCUGCAAGACAUAACGAAGACUAUGUCAGGUUACAUGACUUUGAGCAAGCCAUUGAAAGGGUCAUUGCUGGUUUAGAGAAGAAGAGUAAAGUUUUGUCACCAGAGGAGAAAAAGGUGGUGGCAUACCAUGAAGCUGGUCAUGCAAUUUGUGGUUGGUUUAUGAAGUAUGCAGAUCCUUUAUUGAAAGUGUCUAUUGUGCCUAGGGGACAGAGUGCUCUUGGUUACGCACAAUACUUGCCUCCAGAUAUCUAUCUUUAUUCUACUCAGAAGUUACUUGAUCAGAUGACUAUGACCCUUGGUGGAAGGGUCAGCGAGGAGCUUCAUUUUGACUCUGUGACAUCAGGUGCUUCCAACGAUUUUGAGAAGGUUACUAGUAUGGCCCAAAAGAUGGUUAUGGCAUGUGGAUUGUCACCUAAGGUGGGGCUAGUUUCUUACGACAUUGAUAGGGGUACCGAUAUGACAAAGCCAUUCAGUGACAAAACAAAUCGACUGAUUGACGGUGAGAUCCAUAGAAUUGUGGAUCAGUGCUACCAGAGAUGCAAGAAGUUGUUGAUAAACAAGUCAAAAGAAGUGGAAAUUGUGGCACAGAGGUUAUUGUCCAAAGAAGUAAUCACUAGGGAAGAUAUGAUUGAUUUAUUAGGAGAACGGCCAUUUCCUGAUCAGAGCGAUGCAUUUGAUAAGUAUAUAAAGGGAAAGAAAGAGAAAGCUGCUGAGGCUAAGGGAAAAGAGGACAGGAAGAAGAAGAAGAAGGGGAAUAACGAUUCUCAUUCUGAUUCUAAGGAGGGAGAUGGAGGCAAAGCUUAA